AUGAUGAAGGUACUGCUGCUGCUGUGUGCUGUAGCGUCGGGUGCGCUGGCCGACCACCUCCAUCACCCAGAGCUUUGCAAUUUUUACAGCUCACGCAAGUUGCCAGUGGUAGUGUUCAUCCAUCCGGGUGGGUUCUACUCGUUCGCGGGCCGCUCCGAUCUCUUCGGCCCGCACUACCUACUAGAUCGCGACCUGGUGCUUGUCACUCUCAACUAUCGCCUUGCGUCUCUUGGUUUCUUGGCUACUGGCGACGCAGUAGCGCCCGGUAACAACGGCUACAAGGACCAAGUGUCGGCGCUUCGUUGGGUGAAACGAAAUAUUGCUGCGUUCGGCGGUGACCCGGGAAAAGUCACCAUCGCUGGGUGCAGUGCUGGAUCUAGAAGCGUCAUACUGCAUAUGAUAUCGCCGAUGUCUAAAGGCUUGUUUCACCGUGGCAUCGCGAUGUCAGGCUCCCCAGUAGGGAAGGCAGCCGUGCCGCCGCACCAGCUCGACCUGGCGCAGAAGCAGGCUGCCCUACUGAACUGCCCCACCAACUCCUCGCGCGCCAUCGUCGACUGCCUUAAGACCAAGACCUGGCAGGAGAUUGGCAAUUCGCUGAACGGCUUCUGGACAGGUGAUACAGAUGCUGUUAGUUUUUGGACCGCCAUCGUGGAACCUGAUGUAGGGCAACCGCGGUUCCUUGCCGUGCAACCUGAUGAGGCCGUGCGCCAGGGGCACUUGCACGCCGUACCACUGCUUAUUAGCCAAACCGAGGACGAGUUCUUUUGGAAGGCAUUUGCCGUUACCAAGAAUAAAACACGACGAGACCGUAUGAACACUGAAUGGGAGAAGAUCGCCCCAGUAUCGUUCGCGCUGCCAGAACAAAACUCUUCAGCGGCCAGUCGCCGACUCAGACAAGCGUAUCUCGGCGGCAAACCGAUAGAAGACACGCCUGAAAGCAGCAGAGCUCUAGGGAAGUUGUAUGGAGACAGCUGGAUUGGACUGAAUGUGCAUAGAAUGGCAAACCUGAUGUGCCGCCACUCUCCCCAACCCGUGUGGUACAGCGUGUUCAGUUACAUCGGUAACAACAGCUUUUAUCAAGAUCCGACCACCCAUAAACCCAGGGGCGCGGCACACCACGACGACACGAUCUACGUGUUCUCGGAGAGCUACCUGCGGCCGCCGAUCAAGGCGCGCUCGCCGCCGCCGCCCGCGCCGCAGGACCAUCUCAUGGUGGAGCGCAUGACCGCCAUCUGGUACACCUUCGCCAAACACGGCAAUCCAAAUCCUCGUAAAGGCGAGUUGCCGGAGCUGUGCUCGCUGCACUGGCCAGCCAUGCAGCCUGAGGACAGGAAGUACCUGAAGGUGGACCAGCAGUUCUCCGUGCACGAGAAACUGCACGAGAACCGGCUGCGAGUCUGGGACGAGCUCUACCCCAUGCAAUAUUAAACAUCAUCUAAUGCU